UGUCAAUGAAACAGAACAUAAUUUGUGCAUUUCACUAGGCAUCAAUUAUUACUUUGCCAAAACGCAAUAAAAGGCAUAGGCAGCACUUUUCGCAUUGAGAGAAAGAGCAACUUUCCAAAGGACUUGGAAUAAGAUAAACCAACAACAGCAAGCCAGACAUUGUCCAAUCAUAAACAUUGGCUAAAUCUGAGGAUCUAUACUACUUUUAGCCUUCUUUACACUCCUGUCUUGGAUUUGACACUGGAUGAAAGAAAGUUCACUGUCUGAUGAGAUCAUAAACUGAGGUUAAGCGGAAAUUGGACCAAUGUCACGACAAAUUUCAGCGUUGGAAUAGACCACAAACCUCUAGCUGUCUCCAGAUCUAUUAAGGCACAGUCGGGCGGACCACUCCACCGAACUGGGGAGAAUGACAUCUCACCUGGGCAGACUGACACCACUGUUGUGGAUCCUUUGGAGUUUCAGUAAGUUAUGUAUUCAUUAUUUAAUGUUUAGACUAUGAGAAAUAACACUGCAAUAGGGCUAAGUAAGGCGCUAUGAACAAAAUAACACACAACAAUGACAACUAUAUACAACUAAAGCGCUGCAUUUUUAUUUUGGUUUAUCUAUAGUCCUAUGUAUUUUGGUAAUUGACCUAGCAAGUCGUUUUUUAUAUAAGUAUUUAAAUAAAUAGGCUACUGCCAACUUUGGCUCUUGUUCAGCUUCCUGGGUUAGUCUUUGCUGGAUUAGAUGAACAACACUUGAGGAGAUAUUUCAGGAAAAACAGGUUACUGUUGAUCAAUUUCCCCCCUCAUGUCUGUGAUUCAGUCUGACUCCUAUCCUGUGCACUCUCUCUCUCUCUUUCUCUCUCUGACACACAUCUGUCUGUAUGGGGAUAAGAGAAGGAUUGCAGAAGGCGCCAAUUGACCUAUACUGUAUUUAUAUAAGCUGAUGUAUAAUGACUGUUUUUAAAUGAGGAAAACAGAGACAUGGUUUGUGUGAGACAGAGACAGAGUGAGAGAGACAGAGCGAGAGAGAGACAGAGAGAGAGAGAGAGAGAGAGAGAGAGAGAGAGAGAGAGAGAGAGAGAGAGAGAGAGUAUGUCUCUUAUCCUGACAGUGUGUAUUUAAUCAUGCUCAGAGGAGAUGAGAGACAGUCAGUCAGACAGACGGGCCGGAUGCUGUGUCAUAGGUGGAGUGUUAUGCCAGUAAUGUGGCACAGGUAGAUUCCUCAGCAAACCUAAAAUCCUUGCCUGCCUCUACUCCAUGUUCACUACUCUUAUGUGACACAAGAGUAACACACUGCUCACAUGGAAAAAUACAGCACCUGGCAGCUUGGUAGACAACAAAGUGAACUGGUAAAUACAUAAAUCAUACUAAAGACAAUCUGCCUGCUGUUUACACACACACGCUCACGCUCACGCAUGCCACACACACACACACACACACACACACACACACACACACACACACACACACACACACACACUACUAGUUCAACAACAACAAAAACAACCACCGUUGAAUCAGUACAGCCAUAUCAAAACAGCUUUUACUAUGGGCAUAUAAUAUGUUAUCUGGAACUGGUAUCUUUAACUAAAUGUAUCAUGGGUCAAAUCAAAUCAAAUCAAAUUUUAUUGGUCACAUGCGCCGAAUACAACGGGUGCAGACAUUACAGUGAAAUGCUUACUUACAGCCCUUAACCAACAGUGCAUUUAUUUUAAACAAAAAAAGUAAGAAUAAAACAACAACAAAAAAAGUGUUGAGAAAAAAAAGAGCAGAAGUAAAAUAAAGUGACAGUAGGGAGGCUAUAUAUACAGGGGGGUACCGUUGCAGAGUCAAUGUGCGGGGGUACCGUUGCAGAGUCAAUGUGCGGGGGCACCGGCUAGUUGAGGUAGUUGAGGUAAUAUGUCUAAAAUAUAGCCUACAUUGAACAAGAUUACAAUAUAUUUACAUAACAUUUGUAUUAGUAUUUGGUAGGGUGUAUAUAUGAUUUUUCUGUUAGGCUAAGAGUGAGCUGUUUGGCAAAAAAAGAACGCUUUGUUUUAAUGGUAACAGCAGAUUGCAAUCAGGCCUUCAUUCCAUAAGGAUCAUCAAUGUUGUGACUUGGCAAAACAGUCUGCCACUGUAGAGAAAAUAAGAUGACUACAUUGAAUUGGUCAGUGAGUUUACAGUUCUACCUAAAUACACACAGGUUGCGCAUACAUACGAGUGUGUAUAUGUGUAUGUAUGUGUGCAUGCCAUGCAUGCGUGUGUGCGUUUGCAUGCACUGUGUGCGUGCACGUGAGUAUGUGUUUGUGUGUUUCUCUGGACAAGAGGUUCACUAGCGCAACAAGUCGAGCAACAUGUCUUCACUGACACAUCGAAUGGCUUGUCCUAGUUUCUCUCUGUCCUCCCUCUGACUGCCUCCCUUUCUUCUUUGUGUACUCUUCCUCCCCCCAUCUCUUGGCCUCUGUCUUCUUUCCAAUCACAUCUCUCUAUUCUCUACACCUCCUCUGUUCUCAUACUUUCUGUCGCUCACUUCCUAAAGUAUAUGGAAGGACAGUGAGGAAAGUGUCAGACUACAAAUCCUCAGUCAUGGUUCAGUGCAGUCUUCCUCUCUCUCUCUCUCUCUCUCUCUCUCUCUCUCUCUCUCUCUCUCUCUCUCUCUCUCUCUCUCUCUCUCUCUCUCUCUCUCUACACUGUAACAUUGUGUUGUAUUUCUAUUGUAACUGUCUUUAUCCUGUGUUUUUUUAAAUGAUGUCAACGAUGCCACACACAUUUUCCACAAGGGGACAAUAAAGUCAACAAAUAAAAAGUCUCUCUUUCUCUCCCCUCUCCCCCUCCAUCUCUCCUUCCCACGCUCUCUCUCCCCCAGUUGCUGUGGUGCAGGGGGACUUUGUGGAGCCCUCUCCCCUGUUCUUAAUGCGCUCCCUGGCCGAGGCUGAGACCCGGCUGCCCUGCCAGUUCAAGGUGGAAGUGGGCCAGGUGGUGGUUCAGGUCUGUAGCAUGAUUUACUACAGUACCCAUAGUGCUCUGUUCAACAUAUCUGGUUUUAUCUUAGAAAAGACGUCCCUAACAUAAUGGUCUCGUCUCUCAUUGUCACAGGUCACCUGGACCAAGGAGAAAGCAGAUGGCACCAAGGACCAGAUCAUCACAGUACACCACACCGCCGGACACACAGGUAGGACACACACGUAUAGGUGUUAAAGUACUAAGAGUGUCAACCAUCCAUCUCUUUAUAUUACAUUGGUCGUUCAUCUGCUUUGCUAGCACUCGAAGCCUCACAAGUUAUAUUUUGAGUAGAUGAUGAAACCACAGAUGCAGUUUUAACGUAACUACUCCAUCUCACUCUUUUUGCCACCCCAAUAUCUCACUUCCUCUCUAUCUCUCUUUCUAUCUCUGUCUUCCACUCUCUCACCCCUGCCCCUCUUUAUCCUCCCCCCCCCCCCCCCCCCCCCUCCUCUCCUCCCCUUCUCCUCCCUCUCCCCCCUCUCUUCCCCCUCUCUCCCUCUCUCAGAGUUUGGUCAGUACUCGGGGCGUGUGCGGUUUGGCAGCAGUGAGCCCACGGUGGACUCGUCUCUGAUCAUCAUGAACACUGUGGAGUCAGACGAGGGCAGGUACAACUGUCACAUCAGCACCUUCCCCUCUGGGAACUUCGAACGACAGCUGUCACUCACCGUGUGGAGUAAGUCCCUCCCCUUACUUCCCCUUCCUCAUUGUAUUCCUUUGACUGAUGAUGAUGAUGUUUACAGGUGUCAGUUGUAGUAUUACUAGCUGAAACAAUAGCUUUAGUGGUGAUAGUAGUCAUGUGAGCCACAACUGUCAUUGUAACUGUCAGUGUAUCCAGCUGUCUGAGUUUUUUUAGGAUAACAUUUCCUCAAAGCACUGAUCUGAGUUUUUUAAACACCUACCUAACAGAGCACAUUAGAUCUCAGCCUGGGUCAUAAAGCUGAUCCUAGUUCAGUGUUUAAGAACUUCCACCCCCUGAAGCAUCAUGUCACAAUGAUCUAGGAUCAGCUUAACCUCCAAUUAACAACUAAGACCAGUUCUAAGAUCAGUUCUAAGAUCACCUCCCCAAGCACUAAGACCAGGGAAUAGUUUAUUCCUAUCCCUGAAGGAAGUCUGACAUUUGACCCUUGACCCCUGCAGCCACACCCAUCUCUUCCCUGGACCCUGUGAUCCUUGUCGAGGGCCAGUCCUUCCGAUUGGCCGCGUCCUGCCGCUCUGUGGCCCGCCCUCCGCCCCACCUCUCUUGGGACACAGACCUAAUGGGCCAAAAACACAACAGGAGCUCGGAGGGCGGGUCAGUCUCCACCCACUUCUCUCUGCACCCCCUGAGGAGUAUGAACGGGAAGAGGCUGGACUGUCUGGUGUGGCACCCGGCUCUGGAGGGACCCCGCAGGAUCACCAACAACCUGGUGGUGCACUGUGAGUUUAGACUUCACAUUAAAAGAUCCAAUGCAGCCGUUUUUUUAUCUCAAUAUCAAAUCAUUUCAGGGUAACAAUUAAGUACCUUACAGUGAUUGUUUUCAAUUAAAAUGGUCUUCGCAAAGGGCAAUUUCUCAAGCAAGACAUUUUACUAGGGGAUUUUUUGUUGCUGCUGUUAUUGGCAGAGAGAUUUGGAACUCUCUUUCUUAUUGGUCUAUUAACUAAUUUACUGCAUGGUGAUGUCACCAUGGAAGGCCAAAACUCCAUCCCACCAAAACAGGCUGAAAUUUCAGGCAGUCUUUUAAAACAGCUCUUACACUAUCAGCAUUUUCAUCAUUCUCACAAUUUCACAGUAUUAUUCCAACCUCAGUGUGGAAAUAUAUAUAAAAUAUAGGAAAAUCACGUUUUUGACUGCACUGGGCCUUUAACUAUAAGUCUAGAUGUGAGAUGAAAUACAAUUUUUAAUUGUGAUACCUUACUACACGUUUAUACAGACUUCUAUGCCUUCGGUGACUUUUCCGUUUAAUAUUGCCCUCUUUAUUUAAAGUCCCUGGUAGAAUUCAGAAUCCCUCAAUAUAUCAUGACUAAAGUAACUUUAUUGUAAGUUGACUGUGCUUCUUUCUCACCAAGAAGAUAUUUUACAGAUAAUUUUUUAUCCUGCCUUUAUUGUUAGCUUGUGUAAUUGUGGAUUUCUGUGUAUCUGCCAGUAAAACAUUAUGACUCUGAUCAUGUUCCUCUGUUCUAGAUCCUCCCAAUGCAGAGAUCUCAGGGUUUGAUCAGAACUGGUAUGCUGGUCUGGAGGAAGCUGCCCUCAGCUGUGUCAGUGGAGGGAACCCCAAACCACAGAGUUUCAUCUGGACC